UUAUAGGAUAGAAGUCUGCUGUCAAAAGAGUCGCUGUUAUGAAAAACCUCUGUCAAAUGUCAGAUUUUAUAUUCAUUUCGCUCUAAAUAAUGUACUUUGAGUUUUGCUUUGUCAGCAGAAAAAUGGUUCCCUUUAAUAACUUAUUUCGCAAAUCAAUAUUGUUAUUAGUCUUGUUCCUGCAAAGAGUUUCAGAGUGCAAGGAUAUUUGAAGAGUUACACUUGAGCUCUAACAUGGCUCAGCAGGUACCAUUUGAAGACGAAUGGAAAGACAUGCGUCAGCGAUUCCGGAAGGAGGGUCUUGAUUAUGAAAGUUUGCGGCCUGAUGACAGACUUCUGCAAGUCUGGAGAUGGCUUGUUGACGCUGAAACUAAUCUACGAAAUUCAAGACGCAUGCUGGACAAACUCCAUGAACAGCAGCAUGAAGAGAUUGAGGAAAUGGAAAAUUAUGUUGGACAUUUAAGAGAAUUAGCGGAGAAGAGAGCAGAUCACCUGGAAAGAGAAAGAAUAGAAUUAAAAUGUCAAUCGGAGUGUUUAAUAAAGCUGUUAGCUCGCUUUGAGUUUCAAGGAUCCCUAGAAAAUCAGGUUUCUAGCCUAAUAGAAGAUAGGACCAAACUAGCGGAAGAGAUUGAAAUCUUGAAAACUUUGAAGUUCUCGUGCGGGGAUAAUGGGGUGAAUGUUGACGAUAACAUGCUAUCUGAGAUUAUCAAGGUAUCUUCUGAAAAAGAAGUUUUACGAAGGCAAGUCGCUGAGAUGACUGAUCGAGUGGAAUUAUUGGAGAAAUCUUCAAGGCAAAUAGAACUUGAUAACGAGCGAUUGGCGUUCAAGUUAUCAGAAGCUUUGGCUGAACUCGAAGAGAAGGAAGCUCAAUUAGGAGAACAACCAAUGCUAUGGCCAAUGCAUCAUAGUGAGUCAUCUCGAGCAAGUGGGAAGGAUUCAUUGCGAAGGGAUCAAGUGAAAUUGUCUCACGAAAGGAGUGAUUGUGAAAUAAGGGAAGCUUCGUCUAGAGAAAACCUUGUCGAGAUUGCGCACCAUAAAGAACUGUCUCACAGUUAUGGUGCCGAUUCAACUCCUCCUAGCUUACUGGUUAGUGAACUGGCUAGUUUUGGCUCUCCUAGAAAGCUGUCAAGUCUCAUGGACUCAUGCAAUGAGUUGGCUCGACUAGAAGAAGUCAAGAAAUUACAGUCGGAGAGUGAAAACUACAAAAUGCAACUGACCGUCCUAGGAGAAAAAUACAAUGCUUUGGCGUUGAGGCACAUUCAGUACAAGGCGAAACGUAAAUUCCAAGUUGAAGAAUUGCGAGGUCGCCUGGACGCGGGUCAGUGCCAGGUGGAGACUCUUCAGGCGCAACUGAGCGUACAGCGGCAACGCCUGAGGGCCGAGGAGAUGUUCAGGCGGCAGGUGGAGGGGGACUACAGGCGCCUGCAAGACGAGAAACGCACCAUUGCAGCCAGACUGCUGACCGCUGAGAACCAGCAGCGAGAGGACGCGAGAGAACUGGCAAUAGUGCAGAAGAAGGUGGCGCUGCUGGACAGUGCCAACUCAGAGCUGCUUGCCAAGCUGCUUCGGCUCAAGUACAAGGAAGCGCUGCCCAAGAGCACAACAUGUGAUAACAUGCUCACUCAUAUUGGUGCCAUUUGAAGUCAACACUCCUAACUAGUAACUAAGCUGUAAAUUGCCACUAUUUUUAUCAUACAAAUUGAAAAGACCAACGUAUUUACUUUCGUAAGAUCAUGCAUUUAUUGUGCAGUGGCCUGUUGCAUAGCUCUUUGAACUGGUAGGCUACUAUUUCAAUUUUCGCUGAGAAUGGUGCCCACAAACCUUCAGGCUUGUGUGUGGGUAAUGGAAAGGAUGUUAAGGCUGUGCAAAGGCUAAAAAUAAACUUUUUACUCGUGAUAGUUUUCAAAGUUUUUUGAUUUGUAUAUCAUCAAGCUAUCAAAAUGAAA